UGGGAUAACUCAUCUCAAGGACAGUAGGCACAGAAAACAAUGUACUAAACAUGAGAAGACUUUAGUGUUGCGAUCUCUAUGCUUCUGCAGAUCUCAAGGCAUAGCAGACAGCAUGUGGGAGAUGUAAUGGCAUGAUUCUUCAUGUCUACCAAUCAGAUGCUACAACACAGCUGUACACAUCUUGUGUAUAAAUAGGAGGCAGCAGAACGGUAGAUACAUCAAAUAAGAAGCUCUUAUUUUCUGCUUCUCCUCCUCUAUUCCUCCACUAGACAGCGAUAAGCUUCAAUCUCAUAUAUGGCUUUCCACCAAAGAUCGAUAAGUUUGCCUUCUAGGCCUCACAUCAGUGAGACCGAAGUUGAGCAAGAACUCCACAGCCUAGAAGCAAGCAUGUCUUCCUCCAGUUCCAUCAGCACGAUGUGCGAUGGUCUUAGGAGUCUUGCAAACAUCUACGAUGGUCUUGAAGAGAUCAUUUGCCUACCAAGCAACCAAGUUUGCUCCUCCGAGCAGAGGAACAUGUUGGAUGGAGAAAUGGGAUGCUCCAUUGAGCUCUUAGAUCUCUGCAGCAACAUGCAAGAGGCCUUCGCCGAGAUGAUGGUCCUCAUCCAAGAGCUGCAAGUGGCUCUAAGAAGAGGAGACGAUGCAGCUGCGCAAGCCAAGAUCCGGUCUUUUACUCGCUUGGUGAACAAGGCCAGGAAACAUUUCAAGAAGACUACCAAGAAGGCUGCAUCCGACAAGAUGGUCAUGCUAUUGAGCAAGGCAAGAGAGAUCUGCAUCUCUCUGUUGGAGUCCACACUCCAUCUCUUGUUGAAGCAAAUUGAAAUGCCAAAGCAGUCUCUUGUCUGCAAGGCAUUUUGCAAGAAGAAGGCAGUUGUCUGCAAGGAGGAGCAGUUGCAGGAGUUGGAGUGCCGUAUCGAAGAACUUCAGAAUGGAGCAGGAAAUCUGUUCAGGAAAUUAGUCCAAAACAGAGUUUCUCUUCUAAACAUUCUUAGCUCAUAGAUUCUCUACAUCCCUCUACUCCCUGUGAUUGGCAUCCGUCUUUUUGAGGAUGAGCCGAUCUUGAUACAGUUUUGCCAUAUGUAUACAGUACAAAUGUACAGAAAUUACAGAAACAAAGACCAAAGUUUUGAUCCA